ACGAUACCGGCAUCACACCCAAGCCGCAUCCUGGGUCCCACGCAGAAAAGAAAAAAGAAAAAAACUGGAUAUGGUACGACCAAGGUGUGGAACUCACAGCCGACUCUCCUAGCCUCCACCUGCGAAAGGCGAUCCCAAAUUCUCAGGCGAAUCCAUUGGAGGCACAUCUCCUUUCACUCAAAAGUGGGUCGACUGCGGGACAAUUCACUGGUGAGAAGCUGUGAUUGAGGAACAAGAAUCGAGACCUGUCUGAUUCCUGAUGAUGGCCACCUUACCGUACGGUACUUGUACCUGACGAGAAAAAAAACUAAAUCUCAGAUGUACUACCGAUAAAGUACAGGCAUGAUAUCAUAUCCGAAAGUAGGGAAAAAGUAUCGCGACGGUGAUUCUUCCUUCUUUCUUCCAUAUCCCCCUGAAUGAGUUAAAUGUUCCCCACUGUGAUGAUUGUCGAUGCUCUGCGUCUCCCCUAUUUUCUCUCCCCCACAGAUUUUCCGCCCCUUGGUGCACGUCACGGUUUGACGACGUCGUUGACAAGCUCUCACCACCCUAUCUCCACCCUUGCGUUUCUUGGCAUAGGCAUGAUCCCAGCCUCCGCUCCCAAGGAACUGAGAAAAACCGCAGCCUCAACUUCAAGUCCUCAACACCACCGCACCCCCUCCGGAGCCCAGGCUUUUGCAUCUUGUUAACGGCUCUUUCGUCGUUUUAGAAUCUCUUUUCCUUCUCCCCUAUCGAGCUCGGGCCCUGCCUUGAUUUUUUUUCCCGACCAGGAAACCUCCCCGGUUUUUGCAUACCGAGCCGGGACACGGAGUUUGAGUUUCCAUCUUCCCUUAGCACACAGGUCUACCUACCCUCUCGAAGGGCACGAAGAAUGUCACGAAGAAACGGAAGCGCCGCCGCCAAUGAGCAGAAGCCAUUGGUUUCACCAGGUAUAUCCUUCUCCACCUCGACAUUUGCCUUGCGGGCCGUGCUUGCGCCUGCGUUGCAUGGUUUGAUAUGGUUCGGGCUCGACUGACAUUGAUUGACUGUUUGCAGAGGAUCAAGCAAAGGCAGUUGCCCUCACUGACGACGACCGACACUUCUCCAUGAUCAGGUACGGGGUGCCAAAUUUGACGGAAUAUCUCGCUUCCUGAAUUGACAAACCCCUCACAGGGCGCUCCAUAUGGCCGAUCUGAUCACCGAGCUAAACGGUCCGUUCAAAGCCCAUGGUCCAAGCACGGCCGAACGAUGAGCUGAUAUGCAAUUCCCUACAGGUUUCUGCGGAGCCAUGAGUAUCUUUUCAUCGCUGCGAUACUGUCUUGGCAGCCCUGACGACCUCGCCCAACUUUGGCUCGCCAUGACUUUCAUGCCGUUCGGACUCUUCUUUGAUUUUAUGGAUGGGAAAGUAGCUCGCUGGAGAAAGAAGAGCUCCUUGAUGGGACAGGAGCUUGAUUCCCUCGCAGAUUUGGUCAACCGCGCCCCCACCUGCCCCGGCUAGCGCCGUAUGGUAAUUUUACUAACUGGUUCCUAGAUCUCCUUCGGCAUGGCCCCGGCUUCUUGUGCCUUCGCCCUCGGCUUCCGUACAUUCUUGGAUACCAUUAUCCUCACUCUCUUCGUUCUCUGCGGCCUCUCACGUCUCGCGCGCUUCAACGUGACGGUUCAAUCACUCCCCAAAGAUGGUACGGGAAAGUCCAAGUACUUUGAGGGCACCCCGAUCCCCACUACCCUCUCUAUCGUUAUGCUCAUGGCAUACUGGGCGCACAAUGGAUGGUACUUGGACAACAUGCCUCUCGGCACUGUCGGAGCCGGAUUGUUGGAGUUCCACCCAGCAGUCUUGAUCUUCGCUGCCAGUGGCUGCGCAAUGGUUUCCAAGUCGAUACAUAUCCCUAAACCUUGAGCUGACGUCCACCAUGUACGAAUGCUCUUGCUAUGACUUUUUUUUUUUUUUUUUUUGACUUUCUUUCUCUGUGCCCUUGACCGAAAAGGACACGAAAGGAAGGGAAAGCCCGGGAGACGACUCGUUACAAGUGCAACGGGGGUCUUUCGUGGGGUGUGUGUAUUUUGUGUUUUCGCCUUCUCCUCUCUCUCUCUCUCUCUCUCUCUC